AUGCAUGGCGAUGACAAUUCCGCAGCUUCUUUUGAGAAGACCUUGUCCACGCUGUCGACAAAGAUCGCCGAGGCCACCACACGACUCGACCAGCAACGUCAGUCUUCUCGGCGAGUCAAAGCUCUCUGGACCCUCUACUCGACAUUUGCCUAUUUGUUUUACUCCAUCAUCCUCGCCCUGGUACUAGGAUGGGAGAGCUGGGGAAUCAAAGAAUAUGCAGCCAUCGCAGGCGGGCCGGUCCUGAUUUACGGUGUGCGCACUCUCAGCUCCAGAGUCUUCGACUACCGAAUUUCUCGCCUCCAACGCCGCCUUGACGACUUCCAUAAACAGCGCGAGGAGACCAUCGAAAAGCUCAAGGUCGCAACCAAGUACAACUCCACCCAGCAACUGCUAGAGAAGUACGGCGGUGAGUCCCCCAAACCCUCUCCGGGCCCAAAGGGACAAGCCGAGAAAGGAAAGCCUGCCCAGCAGCCACAGCAUGUGGCCCGCACUGGUCUCCCGCCGCCGCCCACCGCCAACAUUCGCCGUCCUCCCUCUGCAUCACAAACACAGAACGACCCGCCAUCCCCCGGUUAUCCCUCUCCCCCCAUCGAGUUAGCCCAGGGCGGCCCGCAGACCCCACAGCAGUCCUCUCCCCAGCCUCCUUUCCCUCCCCAAACGCCCACCGACCAAGCCAGCUUUGCACCGAACGCAUUCCCCCCUCAGAGCGCCGAACAACCACACUGGUACGACCGUCUCUUGGAUGUUCUGCUGGGCGAAGAUGAAACCCAACCCCGCAACCGGAUGGUCAUGAUGUGCAGCGCGUGUCGGCUCGUGAACGGCCAGGCUCCCCCUGGGAUCAAAACACCGGAAGAGCUGGGCCGCUGGCGGUGUGGCAGCUGUAAAGCUUGGAAUGGCGUGGAAAGCGAGACAACAAAGAUUCUUAGCAGUUUGCGUCAAGAUGGGCCAUCCGAGGGAACCUGGGAGCCCGUGUCAAAGGCUGAGGCGGAUACCCAGUCCUCUGAGGGCAUGGAAGAGGGUGUUAUGGUGGCUUCAAGUGAGGAGGAACAAGUGGACUCCAUUGGCUCUGAUGCAGAGGACCACAAGGAGGAAUCUAAGCCCGCCCCUGUGCGUCGGUCCAAGCGCGGUGCAAAGGGGAACAAGGCGUAG